AAAUUGUAAAUUUUGCUCGGACCCCCAAGAUGCUUAUGCACCUAUUGUUUCCUACCCAAAAAAAGAAUUCUAUGGAUAAUUUGUGUUUCUACGUGUUUGGUGUAAUCACCUUCUUUAAUAUGGAGAUGUUGUUUAUUGCAUCGCAGGAUAUUCUCAGCGGCCGGAAUCUUCCCACAGCUACAAUAUUAGUCUGUUACGUAACACCCUUGAUGAUCACGAAAAUUUUCGCGCCGUGGUUUGUUCAAAGGAUUUCGUACUUAGUAAAAGUUUCUUUCAUCGCUCUUUGGAUGAUGCUUGGAAUGGCUCUGAUCGUUUUCGUGGAAGAUAUUAGAGUUAAACUUGUGGGAAUCACUUUAAAUGCGAUGGCGGCUGGCAUGUCUGAAGUAAUAUUCCUUGCUUUGACUUCGUUUUAUCCUCAGAUUGCCAUUAGCUCGUUCCUUGCUGGCACUGGUUCGGCUUCUCUGAUCUCUCAACUCUAUUACACAAGUGUUACAACGUGGAGUUGUGCGGAGUCUCCUAAGACCGCCAUAAUGAUAGUGAUUCCGUUGCCCUUGUCAAUCUUAGUGUCUUACGCAAUGCUGGACAAGGGAGACAUCUCGAACGGAGAAGGCCUGGGUACCAAGGUGGUGAAAAAAGCAAAAUACACUGCAGUCUCCAUGGAUGAACUCUUGAUUCCUUCCCAAAGACUAUCUUAUGGCGAAAAAUUUAGGAUUGGUCGAAAAAUUAUUUGUUUCAUCAUUCCUCUAUUUUUUAGUUUUUUCGCAGAGUAUCUGGCUAAUUCUUCAGUGAUUACUACGAUCGCCUUUCCUAAUUCUCAAGUUCUUCCGCGAGAUCACUUCCUGUAUUACUCGCUUUCGUACUGCACUGGCAAGUUUCUGGGAAGGAGCUAUUUGCUUUUAUUCGCUUGGCUAUCAAAAGACCUCACGGAGUUUUUAUUCUGUGACAGAACGUGGAUUUUCGCCGUAUUGGAAAUAGUACUACUGAUUUUCUUCUUGUUCCAAUCAUGGUACCAUUUUGUCUCGUUUAUUUGGAUAAUAGUCUGUCUUUGUUUUACUCUCGGUUUAGUUUCCGGUAUGAUUUAUUUGCACUCGCCUCAUGCCGUCGCGCGGCACGUUGAGCCCGAGGAGAAAGAGUUUGCCCUGGGACUGAUAACAGUUGGUAACUCCGUGGGUGCAUUUGUUGGUGGAUUGGUGGGGUUGAUUGUGGAAUCAUAUCUCGUGGAGAAUUGCGUUGCGCAGUUCUCAAACAGCAAAGAGUUCUGUUUCACCAGGCAUAAGAAUACUUCUGGUUGGGGAAGUAAUAUUCACUGUUCUCAGUGAAAACGUUAGCCAUAAAUCGUUAAAAGAGAGACGGAUUUCCUUCGUCGCGGUUUGUAAGGCUUUUUAGCGAUAAUAGAGACCAGUAACUAUUUAUCGCCCGUGAGGGAAGGGAUGGGGGAUUUUUGGCAACAUGAUUGUUGGAAGAAGUCAGUAGAAUUUCUGUCCGAGGUUAGAAUGACUUUAGAUGUAUUACGGGAAAGCGCUUAACGAUCUCAUUUGGUCUAUCUGUGUUUUAUGUCACUCUGUUUUUACACAUCUAUCGUAAAAUCAUGGUGGUAGAACAUGGAUUCUUUUUUGGACUCUCACAAAGUUAUACUAGUUGAUGGAAUAGAAAAGAACAAUCCUUUAAAUUUUCUGAAUGGAUCAUAAAAGAGCAUGAUCGCUCUAUGAGAGGGGUGAUCGUGUAUCAACCUCCAAAUUCAUCGCUACAUAACAUUUUGUUUCCUUAUAAGAAGUAAUUAUUUCUUAUGUAUUCACUGUUCAGUGUCCUAUCAGUUUUCUACGAUCAGUUUUAUCACGCAGGCAAUCUUUUCAAGUGCAACAGGAACAGCUGAUGUCCAAGGACAAAUCUACGGGGAUAUUUUCGCGCUAACUGGAGGUUAUUGUGUUAAUUAUCCUUCAAAUAUUUUUACAACCUGCAAGAUGAACAGAUAAACUUUUCCCUUCUUCUGUAAUAAUGGCUAAAAGCUUUUUUAUCUUGAAUUAGAUUUUAAACGAGCACUUUUAUCCUCGUAGACGUAUAUAAGAUUUGAAAUUUGGGAAUAUCGCUUGAGGUAUAUCCUUGGAUAUUUCCCAGGUUUAGCUGAGGCAUAUUCGAUUACCUGAUGCUUUUAGAUCGAUGGCGCGCGAGCAAACACAUUUGAUGAAUUGUAACUAAAAUUAUUUACCAAAGUGGAGGUAAAUAUUAGUUGUUAUUCACUUCCGAACAAGCCAAUCAGCGCGCGCGAAAUGCACUAUUCACGUAGCUUGUGAGGUAUGUCUUGCAUUAAAUUCUAUUGAUAGUCCUU